UCUGCUCAGUACUCAACUCACUCACUCCUCACUCUCUCUUCUUCUCUUUCCCUUUUCUCUCUGUACUGACUUACAUAGACAAAUACAAUGUCUGCUUACAAAGAACAAGAUCCCCGUCUUCAUGCCAUCAAAACUAAGAUUAGUGUCGUCCCUAAUUUCCCCAAAUCUGGUAUUAUGUUCCAAGAUAUUACUACUCUUUUGCUCGACCCCAAAGCGUUUAAGGACACAAUCGAUUUGUUCGUUGAGCGAUAUAAGGGCAAAAACAUUUCUGUUGUUGCAGGAAUUGAAGCUCGGGGUUUCAUUUUUGGUCCUCCCAUUGCAUUGGCUAUAGGAGCAAAGUUUGUACCAUUGAGGAAACCAAAGAAGUUGCCUGGAAAAGUUAUUUCUCAAGAAUAUAUUCUGGAAUAUGGAAGGGACUGUCUUGAGAUGCAUGUUGAAGCUGUUGAACCUGGUGAGCGUGCUAUAGUGGUUGAUGAUUUGAUUGCAACUGGUGGAACACUCUGUGCUGCUAUGGACUUGCUUGAACGUGUGGGAGCAGAAGUAGUGGAGUGUGCAUGCGUAAUUGAAUUACCAGAACUGAAGGUAUGUAUACUUUGCAUCUUCUAAUUAUCUUUGUUGGGAUAGAUCUUCUCACCAUGUCAGGUCAUGUUCAAAUCUUGAAUCUUAUCUCUCCUAAUAAAUAUAAGAUAGGACUCCACCUAUUUAUUGUCCAGUAGGAAAGAGAUGGACACUAACCUUUGAACAUGACUCUCACAUUUCUUUUUUCGUAGUUUACUCGUUGCCUUAGCUGCAAUCCUACUUUGCGUUGUUUGGUUUGAUUUCCAUUUAAUUUUGAUUGGCUACCUAGAUAAUAGAGUAUCGAAUGCACUUUGUUUUAAUUUUUUGUUAAUCGUCUAUUCAUCAAUAGCCAGUGGUUUUUCUUCCUUGUUAUAUGUUCGUUAAGUGUUUCCAAAUUUUCAUUCACCUAAAAGAUCUUGUGUGCAUUAGGCCAAAGGUAUUUUGCUGCUGGUCAUGUAUGUACUAUGUAGCCAUGCUUGUUAAUGAUUUUUGCGAAUGCGUGACAGGGUCGUGAACGUUUGAACGGGAAGCCCUUGUACGUGUUGGUGGAAUAUUUCGAGAUAUGAAGUGGGUUGGGGCAAGAAUAUUAAGAUGUAGAUUUGUGAAAUGUGUCAUUCAGUGGGUGCUUUCCCACUUGGAAUCCCAUCUUAGCUUGUAGUAGGAACAAUCAAAUCAAAGCAAAUUAAUGAAUCUGUAUGACCCACCCUUUGGGUCUCCCGUCUCGUCUCUGCUCCUUACCCCACCCUUUUCAAAUAAAGAUAUAACU